UAUUGUUCACGUUUCUUCUUUUCAGAUUUGGAAGCGGUUUAAAUAUGAUCGCACAUUUUUCGGCUAAGUUGCAAGCCUUAUAUUCGUUUUACUAUAAAUACUCCUAAAUCGAUUACAUAAUGCUGGGUAGGUUUAAAAAGAAAAGAAUAUUAUGCUAACUGUACCACCAGAAUUGAACCAAUUUCAUAUCAAAAGAAAAGUGUGUGUGCUGUUGUUUUAGACUGCGCCCUUUUUUCGAGAACUUGUCGAGCCAGCGCUGAUCGAUAUCUGCCCUAACUCACACUUCCCACAAUAGCUAAUUUUUGUUAUAGCUAAAAGAGGCUAAACAUGCAACACUGAUAUGACACUUCGCUCUCUCCUGUUUUCACAAUGAGUAUGAGGAGAACGAAAAGAACAGUUGAUUUCUUGUAACCGAAUGGAACACUUGUGACUUUUAAGUGCGCAUCGAAUAGACUGGAUGUUGAAUGAAAAGAAAGACGUGUAAAUAACGGAGUAAAAGAACGAGAGCGAGGAACCCUAACAUAAAAAUAAACAAGUUGCAUGUGAAAUAAAUAGAUAAUGGAAACGGCGUUGGCUGAAGUGCAACUUUCCUGUCUGCUGUGCGAGCAGACUUUUGAUGCCACUGAGAAGCUGGACGAACACCUCCCCACCCACUUUCCGCAGCCUGUGAGCACUGGUCAAACAUGCGAUAUAUGCGGGCGCACGAUGCGAUCCUCGCUGGAACUGCACCAGCACUAUAAAAGAUACCAUGAAGCCCAUGUGCCCAACACAGAGGGACACUUUCAAUGCCAGCUCUGCGACAAGGUAUUCCUCCUCCAGGAUCAUCUCAAGGUACACGUGAAGAUUGAGCACGCGACCGAUGGCUACCAACCAGAUGAGAAGUCCUUAGAUUGGCAGCACUACUCUCCCAGAAGUCUAGACACAACAAACGAUUAUAAGCUGGAUCCCAUCUUGUGUCCUCCACCAAAGAGGAAGUAUCCGCCGCGCUCCCCCUUCUUCAAUCCGAAUCUCUGGCUAGGCGCUGACAACUGUUUUAUGUAGAGGAACAUAGAACCAGGAUAUGUCUUGCGAAGGGCUGACCGAUUUAUUGAGUCUUAUGCGCCAUCAUCUAUCCAUUGUAAAUGAUUGUUAAUUUAAUUAAGGUCUUUCCCAAAACUAAAUUGGGAUAUAUUGGGAACAACAGAUGUGCCUGUACAUAUGAAAAUAAAACGCAUUGCCUUAUGAUUUAAUU